GUGCUCGUGGCAGGUGCGUGGAAUCUUGUGUUUGUCUGGUGAACGCUCCGCCCCUGUCAAUGCAAACGAUUUAAGAAAAGUCGCGGUCGAAAGCUGAACUACGUUACUGACAAAUUCCAAAACUCGAAAGAACUGAAAGAGGGCAGAACGCGCUUCAUUACUUUCUGCAAUGUGUUCAGAUGAAGAGCGCACGAUGACGGGGGGCUCCGGUAACGGAAAGUUGCGUCAGUGGCUGAUCGAGCAGGUGGACACUGGAAAAUACCCUGGACUGGUGUGGGAGAACGAGGAGAAAAGUAUCUUUAGGAUUCCGUGGAAGCACGCGGGCAAGCAGGACUACAACAGGGAUGAGGAUGCUGCGCUCUUCAAGGGUUGGGCGCUGUUCAAAGGCAAGCAUCGGGAGGGCAUCGACAAACCUGACCCGCCAACGUGGAAAACGCGACUUCGGUGCGCUCUCAACAAAAGCAAUGACUUCGAAGAGCUCGUGGAGCGCAGUCAGCUAGAUAUAUCGGAUCCUUACAAAGUGUAUAGGAUCGUUCCGGAGGGAUCCAAAAAAGGACCCAAAUCUCAAGAAGAUUCACAGUCCAAUUCAAGUUCGCCCAACUAUCCGAUACAUCCACCUUAUGCACCAGCACCUUCUCAGGUGUGCAACUACAUUUCUCCAGCAGAGAGAGGAUGGAGGGAUUACCCCUCUCUGUCUGAGAUCCCUUACAGCCAGAGCCCCUACACUUCACGCUGGGACCCUGGGUACCAAUUCAGUGGCUCCUUUUACAGUUGUACAGCAUCAGAUCCACAGCCCUCUCCCUUCUCCCUGGACUCCAGCAUGAGAUCUGCUGAGGCUGUGGCCCUUUCAGAUUACCGCUUACAUGUGGUGGUGUUUUACCGGGAUGCUCUGGUUCGAGAGGUAACAGUGAGUAGCCCAGAGGGUUGUCAGCUGGGCCCUACCAGAGAGGGACAGGCCUACGCUUCGCCUGGGGCCCCAGAACUGGUUGAACUCCCUCAGGCUGAAGGGGCAUCUCUGGAGCGUGGCGUUAUGCUUUGGAUGGCCCCGGACGGGUUGUAUGCCCGCCGUCGCUGCCCCUGCAGGGUGUACUGGGAGGGAGCUCAUGCACCACCAACAGACAAACCCAACAAACUGGAGAGAGAGCAGACUUGCAAACUGCUGGACACUCAGCGUUUCAUAACAGAGUUGCAGAGUUACACCCUACAUGGUCGCCCUGCCCCGUGUUCCCAAGUGCUGCUGUUCUUUGAGGAGGAGAGCACUGAUGGAAGACCAAGAAGGACCUUCACAGUGCAGGUUGAACCACUCUUUGCUCACCAGCUUCUUUUCCUCACUCACCCGGGCAGCAUGAACUACAUACGCACUCAUGACCUUUCACACCUGCCGCCUGAACAUGCUCUCACCCCAAGCCAAGAUUUCCACAGAGUCCUUACGCACCACCGUAACAGCGGCCCUCAAAAUUUACCCUAAAUGGCAUUUCAC